GGUCCAAGGUUCAGGAUGGUUCAGCAGUAGUACAUUUUUUAUGGAUUAUUUUUGUGGUUUGAUUGACCAGUUCAAUAAUUAGAAUUUUACAUAUAAAAUUUAGUGUACGCUCUUUAAGUGACUUUUUAAUCUUAAAAUGGCGUCCCUAUGCAGACUAAUUUGUAAUAAUGUCAAAAGAGCGAUGCCCACCGCAAGACAUAUGUCAGCAAAAGCUGGACCAUUGGUAGAUGUUGCAGUUGAUGGUGAUGGCAUAGCAAUAGUGACAAUGCAGCGACUUCCGGUCAACAGCCUUAACCUUGAACUUCUCCAAGAGUUAGAUAAAGCUCUUGUUGAUGUUGGCAAAAAUAAAUCAAAAGGAAUGAUCCUGGCAUCUGCCUCUCCAACAGUAUUUUCAGCUGGUUUAGAUAUAAUGGAAAUGUACAAACCAGAUCCUAAACGAGUUGAGUUAUUCUGGACCACAUUACAAGGAGUUUGGUUAAAAUUAUUUGGUUCCACAUAUCCCACAGCUGCAGCUAUAAAUGGACAUGCCCCAGCCGGUGGUUGCCUUCUAUCCAUUUCAUGUGAGUACAGGGUGAUGGCGACAGGCAAGUACACAAUCGGCUUAAACGAGACAGCACUGGGCAUUGUUGCACCAAUGUGGUUUAUGGAUUCACUAACUAGUGUAAUUCCACAGAGGCAGGCUGAAAUAGCUCUUACGACAGGCAAGAUGUUUACAGUUGAUGAGGCUCUGAAGGUGGGCCUUAUAGAUGAAACUGCAUCUGGCAAGGACGAUGCUGUUGCUAAAUGCAAACAAUUCAUAGAGAGAUUCGACAAGAUCCCGCCCCUCGCUCGGUCCUACACCAAACAAAAAGUAAGGUCCCGCGCCCUUAGCUGGCUCAAUAAGAACCGGGAGGCCGAUCUAAAGGAGUUCCUACAAUUUGUCAAUAGUCCUAUAGUACAACAAUCUUUAGAAAUGUACAUGGCGAUGCUCAAGCAGAAAGCUGCUAAGUAAUUAGUUGUAACAGUGGUUCCUAAUCUAGGGUAUUUACCCCUAAGGGGGUAAAUCACCUAUUCUAUGGGAAACUAAAAAUUAAGACCAAUAUUAUUAUUAUUGCUACUUCUAAAACUGGUGAAUGCAAAACGAUAAUAACCAUCAGUUAUUAAUAUCUGUAUUAACUUGUAAUAUUUGUAUUAAAAACCUAUUAAAGUUCGGAUGAAGUCAAUUUUCCUAAUUGGUCAUAGGAGUAAAAGUUAGGAAAAGAUUAUGAAUCACUGAUUUAUAAUAUUUAAAAUAGUGAAUAUUCCUCUAUAACCCUGAAGGUAUUUAAAACGAUAAAUACAUUUUAUAAUUAUUGAAAUGAUGGGCAAAUGAAUAAAAUUCCCAGAGAAUACUGGAUAUCAUUGUAUAAUACAAAAUUUAUGAUAUUAAAAGACUGUUAUGAAAUUAAUAUAUACCCAUGAUUACAUAUUGUAUGACAUACCGUUAUUGGUUCAUAUACUUAGGUAAGUAUUAUCUAUUUUCUAAGGAUAGACAUUUUGAACUUUUAAAUAAUUUUUACAAGUAAUAAAUUAUUUGU